AUGGAAGACUUUGACGAGGAUGAUUUUUUUCGUAAUCGAUCGCCUGAUUAUACGAAAGUACAAAAUGAUAAGCAAAUGCUUACUGAUCAUUGUGCACUUGAACACGACAAACUUAUUACUAAUAAGAAAGGAUUAUAUCAGGAAAAAAUUGAACUUGGUAAAGUUAGUGAAACUCUUGCCAAUGAGACUAAUGCAUUACUAACUGAAUUGGAGGGGCAUGCAGAAAAGAUUGGUCAGCUAGAGAAAGAAACAACUAACAUGUACGCUGAACAGUCCCAGUUAACGACAUUAAUUGGGCAGGAGCAGUCAAAUUUGGAGUCUCAUAAAGUGCAAUCAGAGAAUUAUGAAAGAGAAUUACGUCAACAUGCAAACAUCAAGAAAACGCUUGAAUUAGAAGAAAAGCAACUUCGUGAACAAUUAGCUGCGAUGAAAGAGAAAACUGAUGAGAAUAUUACAACUCAAAAUAAUUUACAAGUUUCACUAAAAGAGCUUCAAGACCAAAUAGAGCGAACCAACCGUGAAUUACAAGAACAAGAACGAUUAUUAACACAAGAAAAUGAACAGCGACAAAUAUUAGAAUCGAAAUUGGAAGAACUCUUAGCAGAAAUGCGUCAGAUUGAGGAAAGGAUUAAACAAAUAACGACUGAAUUAGAACAGCUAAAAGAAGAACAACGCAUUCUUAUUCUUCAACAGACAGAUUUGAAGAAACAACAAGAUCAAUUAAAUGCUACGAUUGUUCAACUUGAGCGAAUAUUGAAAGAGAAAGAAGCUGGUAUUGCUCGUCAACAGACACAAAUUGAUCGUAUACAACAAAAAAUUGAACAAUUAGAAAAACAAAUCGAAACUGUUCAUCAAGAAAUUCAAACAUUAACCGAAGAACUUCAAGCUUUGCAUGAAGAGUUAGCAAAAGCUGAAGCUCGGUUAAGUCAAAUCGAAAAUGAACGUAAACAACUUGAGGCAGAAAAACGCGCAUUAGAACAAACAUAUAAUACAUUAGAUGAUCAACGUACCGACUAUAAUAAUCAAUUGAAUGCUUUAUUAGAAAAACUCCGAGUUACGGAUGAAUUAGUUACUCAAACACAAAUAAAAGUAGCACAACUUGAUCGUCUUCUCGAAAACCAAACGGCGCAAGUUGAACGUCUACAAAAUGAGCACGAUGCAUUGGAGAUAAAAGUAACUGAACUGACCGACCAAUGUAGUCAAUUGAAUGAACAAAAAGAAGAUGCACUUCGGCAACGGCAAGAAGCAGAAAACGAUUUACGGGAAGCUCAACAACUGCUAAAUCAACUUAAACAACAAGAAAGAGAAGCGCAUGCACAAAGUAUGCGAGCUGCUGGCGAACAAAGAACAGCUCUUGCUCAAAUUAACGCUGCUGAAAACGAGCAACGUAUUGCUGAAGAACAAGUUCGUGCAGCUGAAGUUCGAUUAAAACAGGCCGCACAUUCCCUAUUUGUUAAACUUGUUUGGAAAUGGGCAUCGAUGUUUAUUCACGGUCUUGGUGAUCUGGAAGCAGAGGAGAAAGCAGCCAAAGCUGCUCUACAACAAGCACGCGACAAACUCGAACAGAAGCGAACCGCUUGUAAUGAAGCACGUCAAAGGCAUGUAGCAGCUUCCGAGAGAGCUAAAGAAUGCGCAACACUUCAUCAAAACCAAGUGAGUGAACGUGCCGAACAGGAAUCAGUUGUUUCAAGUAAGACAGAAACACUCAAUCAAUGUAAAAGCGAUUUCGAACAAGUGAAUAUAGCUCAUCGAAAUGCCAAUCGUGAACGUGCAAGAAUGGAAGGUAAUUUAAAAAUGACAGUGACCAAAUUACAACGUGCUCAAACUCAAUUACAGUCAACCAACAAUGAUCUUCAAAGAACAAAAGCUGAACUCGUUGGUCAUGAGCACCAAAAACAAGAAUAUACAUCCAAUGUUGAUGCAUUACGUCUUACCAUUACACGCCAUGAACGUGCAAUCGAAGAACAUCGGGUUUUGAUGAGAGACAAUCAAGUUGUGCUUGCAGAUGUUAUUGCAAAUCACCAGAAACAGAUGGGUGAUGUUCAACGAUUGAAAGGUCGAGUGGAUCAAGUUCAAAGAAGUCUUGGUGAAAAAGUUAAUGAUGAAAAGUCUAGAGUACGUGAAUUAAAUAAUCAAAAAAUGAUACUUGAAGCUGAGGAAAAAAAUAUGCAACAGCUACGAGAUGACUUGGCGAAUAAACAGACAGAAUUGGUUUCUGUCAAUAGAGAAUUGUACACAACCACAGAGAGGUUGGUACAUGUUGAUGGUCAAAUAAAAGACUUUCAAAAAGAGAAAGAUAAACUUGAUCAACAACUUAAAACCACUCGCCAAGAAUUAAUUAAAACAGAAAGCGCGCACCGUCAAGUUCGUCUAAACAUUAAAAAUCAGGGAAGUAAAGUUGAAAGCGUUCGCCAAAAAUUUACUGUACUUCAUACUAGAGAACAAAAGUUAAACGGCAAAAUACAAGAAACAGAUUUAAAUCUUAAGAAUAAGACCGAUCAAUUGGCAAAUACUCAAAAUACAAUCAAUACAUUGACAGAACAAUUAGAAUCAACCCAGACACAGUAUGCUAGAAGUCAAAAUAUACUUGAGACAUCUAGCAACGAAUAUAAAUUACUAGAUACUCGCGUACGUGAACAAACUAAUAAAAUAGCUCAAGAAGAAAAAUCUUUUCGUGAGACAACUAAUCGUAUUCGUCGUGCUAAUGAUAAAUUCGCAGACAAUGAAGGAGUUCGGGCUGAAACUUAUCGCCGUAUGGAACAGCUUGAAAAGACUAUCACAGAACUCAAACAAUACCAUUAUGAUGAAUACGUUAAAUUUGAAAUGAAAGGAAAUCAACUCAUCAAUCGAGACCUAGAAGAAAAAGGUAUUCUUCAACGAAUACGAAAUCCUAACGAAAAUAUUCAACCAAAACCAAUCGAACCAAAGAAGAAACAACCUUCAUGA